AUGAGCUCUGAGGACAGAUUGGUCACAGAAGUUCCUAGUAGUUUAAAACAACUGGCGCGAUUAGUAGUGCGAGGUUUUUAUUCUAUUGAAGAUUCACUUAUUAUUGAUAUGCUUGUAAGAAAUCCAUGCAUGAAAGAAGAUGAUAUCUGUGAUUUACUUAAAUUUGAUAGAAAAAUGUUAAGGGCACGUAUAACUACGUUGAAGAAUGAUAAAUUUAUUCAAGUCAAGCUAAGAAUGGAGACUGGAUUAGAUGGAAAAGCACAAAAAGUCAAUUAUUAUUUUAUUAAUUACAAGAUAUUUGUAAAUGUUGUCAAAUAUAAAUUAGAUGUGAUGAGAAAAAAGAUGGAGACUGAAGAAAGAGAUGCAACGAGUAGAGCCAGUUUCAAGUGCACUAGCUGUUUAAAAACAUUUACAGAUUUGGAGGCUGAUCAGUUAUUUGAUAUGGAUACUGCAGAAUUUCGGUGUACUUUUUGUAAAGAAUUGGUUGAAGAAGAUCUGUCGGCACUUCCAAAAAAAGAUUCAAGAUUACUGUUAGCCAAGUUCAAUGAACAAUUAGAACCACUGUACAUUCUUCUUCGAGAAGUAGAAGGAAUCAAAUUGGCACCAGAAAUCUUGGAGCCCGAACCUACAGAUAUCAAUGCUCUCAAAGGCAUUGAUAAUAAGAAAUCUAAUCUUCGUGGACCUAAUGAACAAUGGUCAGGUGAAGCAACGAGAAAUACUGGAUUUUUGGUUGAGGAUACGCGAGUCGAUGUAUUAAUAGGAGAUGAAAUUCAAGAUGACAGUGCAAAUAAAAAGAAAGAAAGACCAAUUUGGUUGACGGAUAGUACAGUCACCACUUCGGAUGAACAAAAUGAUCUAGGAAACAAUCAAGAUAGCAUUUUAGAAAGUGCUGCAACUGCCGCUUCAAAUACUAACACAGUCAAUAGCAAACAGGGUGAAGAUAUUAUGUCGGUACUUUUAGCACAUGAAAAGAAAGGUGGCAUUAGUGCCACUGCUGUAAGAACUGUUUUACAGCAUGAAUCAAGUGACAGUAGUGACAAUGAGGAUGUAGGAGAUAUGCAAACGGUUGAUGCUGGUGAGGUUGAUGUUAUGGAGUCGGAAGAUGAUGACGAAAUACCAACGGUCAAUGUAAACGGUAAGAAAAUCGCUAUAACCGAUAUUAAUGACCAGCUUAUCGCAGAAAUGACUGAUGCAGAAAAAGAAGUAUAUAUACAAGUUUAUCAAGACUUUUACUCUUCGAUGUAUGACUGAAAUAACUGUUGUA